UGUUGUUGAAUGAGAGUGUAGUGGUAAUAGAAGGGAGGAGAAUGGUGUGGAAUAUUUUUUUAUGUUCACGAGUUAAAAAUUGAACUUCGAGAAUUUUCAAAUUGUGUUGCUUAGAUGGCCGCAUUUUUUAAUAAAUAGUUGACGUUGACUUUUAUACAUAGAAUAUUUAAAAUUCUGAUAUUAAUGUACAGUGUAUAAAAACGUCUUAUAUGCCGUUUUAGGUUAAUAUUAUAAUAAAAUAAUAGUUAUAAUAUGUCGGUGCAUAAAGCAAAAGGCACCAUACCAGAAGGAGCUGUAAGGCUCACCGAACAAGAGGCAAUAAAUCGCCAAUGGCAAUUAAUAAUGAAUUGGACUCCAGAGAAAGAUGUCAUAACAUUAAGGCCUUCAGUGUUUCACUAUGGAACAAAACACCAAACUAACAUUAAUUCAAAGAAAGAAGCCCUGUAUAUAAUCACACAAUCUGUUGCACCAUGCACAGUACAUCUAUUUCAUUUCCGUAUUGGCUUUGCUGAUCAUCCUCCUGACAGAAAUUCAUGUAGCCACCGUAGAACGAUUCCUCCAUGCAAAGAACUUGUUGAAUGCAGAGGAACUGCGAUGAAUGAAACUGUCAUUCACAUAUGA